AUGACCAUCCAGGGACGAAGCAUUCUUUCCGGCGCCCUGAUCGCCUCGUGCUUGUCUCAAAUUUCGGCUGCGGGGAGAGCUGAUGGCUAUACACACGGGCAGCCAAUGCCAGUGACCUGCUUGAAUCGGACAAUCGACUCCGGCGAACAUAUAACGGACGACCUGGGAAAACUCCAAUUCAUCCCCUUCCCAACAUGCAAAGAGACCUCCGCGCCACUCGCCUUCCGCUACGGCGCCUCCGAAUCAGUCAAUUGCACCAUCGACUCCCUCCCCGAUGAGCUCUACCACCUCCUCGAAUAUUACGUCCACUCUGAUGUGCCCAUGACAUGCCGUGUGCCGACGGCACCCCUAUCCCCAACGGGCUUUGGCUCUACGCCCGACACGAAGGCCGAAGACGAGAAGAAACAGUCGGAGUCGGAGGGGGAAGAAGGGAGCGAUAAAAUUGAGAACAAGAAUACCAUUGCCGUACUGGAUGAUGAGGGCCCACCGUACACACCUAUUACAUUUGCGAUUCAGGGGACGCUGCAGAAGAGUCACUUGCAUAUUUGGACGGAUAUGAAUGUGCUUGCGCACAACAUCCCGCAGUUGCCUGAGAAGAUGAAGGCGAAGAAGGGCACGACGAAGCAGGGUUAUAUCGUUGCGGGUACGGCAUAUUCUGUUCCGGAAUUUGAGUACUCGCUUCUACACGGGAAGGGGAAGAAGGACGAUGGGGAAAAGUCAGACGAGGAGAAGGAAGCUUCUGCUGUUGCUGAGGCGGCGCGCGAACCUUGGACUGCUGGGCAUGGCACCAAGGUUAUUCGUGGAGAGCCGUUGACCUUUACGUUCCAUGUUAGUUGGAUUGAAGGUGGUAGGGGGAUUGGGUGGCCUGGGCGUGACAACUCCUCUUCGUCCUCUGUAUUCGGAUGGCUUUUCUCAAAGAUGUUCUUCUUCGGGAUUGCUGCGUCGGUUGGGGCGUUGGCUGCGCUUUAUUGGGAACGAAAUGGGAACGGGAUGAGACGGCGUGCGUGGAAGGGAGAUGGGAUUUUGGGGGUGCCGGCUCUUGGGAAGGGCGCUGUUGGGGUUUCGUUUGGGAAUGGAGGCAAGGCAAAUGGGUAUGGAGGAUACUCGGCUGGUAGCUUGGGAGGUGGAUAUGGGGGAUUCUCUACUGGGAAGAGGGAUUAA